AUGUCGGAACUGAGCUUUGCCAAAUCUUUUCUCUCCGCACUCGACUCUCGUCCCAUCAAGCUGCGGGCUGACCAUGUCUUCGACCCUGAACAAAUUGGGCUGCGUGUGCCUUACACUCUCCCCCGCCUUCAAGCCCCGCAUCCCGAGAUGCCCAAGAAAGCCAGAGCAGCACAAGCACCAGGCUCCUCCAAAUCUAUCACUGUUAACGUGAAGUCCGCUCGCAACCCCGCUCUCGAAUUCUCUCUCCCCAAAGUUCCUCUCAGUACGACGUCUGUGCAAGACCUGAAAGAUGCCGUCAAGCAGCGUGUUACAGAUGCGCAAGGAAACCCUGUGGCACUGGACAAGAUCAAGAUCCUUUACCGCCGCAAGCCUAUUCCAGGAACUGGAAAGACAGUAGCAGAGAUUCUGGCAGAUGAGCCGGAGAUGUUGAUUGGCGGUAAGGAGGUUGAAUUUGGGGUUAUGAUCAUCGGAGGAGCCAAGACAAUCGAGAUUGAGGAGGCUCAACCGGCUGCAGAGCCACGAGAUGUAUCUCCACCCAAGCCUGCUGUUGGACCUAGUGGUGCCGAAGUUGUGCAAACGGAAGCUUUUUGGAAUGAUCUCCAGGGUUACCUUGAGCAGCGAUUGAAGGAUGAUCAAGAGGCCAAGAGAUUAAGGGAAUUAUUCAAGAGCUCAUGGAGCUCGAGUCAGUGA